AUGGCCGACGAGCAGAAGGUUGCCCCGGCCACCAACACCAAUGCUGAGGCCGAGAAGGAUGUUCAGAACGUUCUGGCAGAGCUGAAGGGCGAAACCGCCGGGGAAGCUGCCAAGCCUUCCGAGCAGCCCGCAGAAGAGAAGAAGGAGGAAGCUCCCACAGAAGAUGCAGAGGAGGCUCGCAUUGUAGCUGCCGCUGCGAAGCUCGGCGAACAGUCGGCGAAAGCUGAGGAGCAGAAGGAGGACAAGACCGAGGAGCGCGAUACACGGGGUCGUGGAAACCGUCGCAACAACGUCAAGUUUGAUCCCUCCACGCUGGAAGUCACAGACAACCAGGAUGAGAUCCGCAAGCAGGUCGAAUUCUACUUCUCUGACUCGAACCUUCCCAUGGAUAAGUUCCUUCUUUCCAAGGUGGGCGGAAGCAACAACCGCCCUGUUCCUCUCGAACUCCUUCAUUCUUUCAAGCGCAUGCGUCGCUUCCAGCCCUUCAGCGCCAUUGUUGAGGCUCUGAAGUCCUCCGAGACUCUCGAGCUGACUGACAACGACACUUGCGUGCGCCGCAAGGUGCCUCUUCCUGAAUCGGUGACCGAGAAUCCCGACCCAAGCGUGGCCAAGGUUUUCGAAGACAAGGCCAUGAGCCGUAGCAUCUACGCCAAGGGCUUCGGAGAGGAAACUCCUACCACUCAAAUCGACAUUGAGGCCUUCUUCGCUCCAUACGGACCAGUCAACGCAAUUCGUCUCCGCCGCACACACGAUCGGAUCUUCAAGGGAAGCGUUUUUGUUGAGUUUGCGACUGAGGAGAAGCAGAAGGAGUUCCUUGCUCUGGAUCCUAAGCCCCAGUGGAAGGGACAGGAUUUGCUCAUUAAGACCAAGAAAGAUUACUGUGAGGAGAAGGUUCGGGACAUCGAAGCUGGCCGCAUCAGGCCCAGCCGUGGCCGUGGUGGUUUCCGUGGACGGGGCCGUGGCGGCCCCCGCGGUGGUGACAAGCGUGACUGGCGCGAGCGUCGAGCAGAAGAUCAGAAGAAGGGUUUUGGCAAGCCUCAGGGCGAGCAGCGCCGUGAGGUCCAGAAGGAUGCUCGUGGCGUUCCUGUCGUGCAGAGCACCGCCGACGAUGCUACAUCUGGCCAGAAGCGCGCCCGCGAGGAUGAGCCCGCUGCCAAUGGCGAGCACCCUGCCAAGAAGGUCGAUGCCAAGGAGUAA